UAAAAUUAUUAUUGAGUUGAAAGAAAAAUUUUUAGAUAAACUUUGUCAACCGCGUGAUCUACAUGAAUUGAAAAUACUGCAGAAACGUUCACAAGUCUGCAGGUCAAACGUAAUAAUCUUCCUGAUGUUAUUUUGUAUCACAGCGAUAGUUGCAGUUUUAUCCCCAUUUACAAAAGGAAAGGAAAUAACUCUUCCUUUAUCAGGAUGGCAUCCCUACACACUGGAAUCUAGAGCUUCAUUUUGCUUGACAUAUUUAUUUCAAACAAUUGCUAUUUUAAUGGCAGCAUGUACAUCAGCUUGUGUUGAAGGUUUGGCGCUAACAAUUAUACUUCAAACUUGUGCACAGCUGGAAAUAAUAUCUCAUCGACUUCACCUACUUCCCAGCUUACAGAAAAAGCAAAAUUUUGAUUAUGAAAAAAGACUUGUUGUAGAUUGUAUAAAACAUCAUACACAUAUUUAUUCAUUAGGAAAAGAAUUAAAUGAUUUAUUUGGGUUGAUAAUAUUUGUACAAUUUUUUACAUCAAUGAUUAGUCUUUGUGCAAUUGUCUAUCAAUUAUCGAGGCUAAACAUGUCUAAUCCAACAUAUUGGAGGAUGGUAGCUUCCAUUAGCAGUGUGAUAACACAGAGUUUUCUUUAUUGCUUCUAUGGAGAGAAAAUUAUACAAAAGAGUACAGCAGUUGCUGAUGCAGUUCAGCAGAUGAAUUGGAUUAAUUUAACGAACAGAACAAAAAAAGAUCUUCUAAUCAUAAUGACACGAGCUAUUCAUCCCAUAAAAUUAACUGGUACAUCCGUUGCUGUAAUGACCAUAAAAACAUUUGUAAAAAUAAUAAAAUCAGCUUAUUCAGCGUAUAAUCUUCUCAAAAAUGCUUAGUACUUCUAAAAAAAUAUAACUGUGACU